CUUCAGGAAGUACUUCCAGUCAGUCCUAAUAGGACGAGAGCAUGUUUUGGAUCAGCUCUGAAUCUCCUCGUAAAUGUUUAAAUGUGAAUCUAAUUAGAGAACAAUAACUGUUAGUUAGAGUAACACAAUAACAGUCAUCGCUAGCCUUUGCUAGCAAGUGUAUGGGGACUAGCGCAGAUUUGAUUAAACUAAAAGAUGGUUCGAUAACGCACUCUAACGAUAUGAUGUGACAAUUUGGUUUAAAACGUCUAACGAGGUGGAGCUUGAGGAUGAAUGAUUGUCGUCGUGCUUGUUUAUACGACAAAGAAAGUAUUUAGACUACUUUAGGUUGGGUUAAGGCUUUUUAAUCCGUGUUGUCAUCAUCAUGUCUGAAGUCAUUCACUCGUUUCAGUCACAGCUGUCUGGGGUCAUGGAGACCGUUUUUAAAGCUGCCAUGUUUGAGAUCACUCGUCUCGUGGAGGAGAGUUUCGUGAAGGAAGUGUCCCGUAGUCGAGAGCAGGUAGAGACUCUGAAGAAGAGGCUCCAGUGGAGCGAGACCAGACGGAAAAAUCAAGAGACGGGUUUGAGAAAUCUGAGGUGUGCAGAGUGUGACAAAUCCCGUGUGUGUAACGAGGAAAAAGAAGAAAUGCCACCACAGUCAGAAAAUGAAUGCAGCCUCAAACAGGAGAAAGUUCCAGAUGGGAACUGGGGAAGCUGUGAGUUGGAGUCUGACACCCUUUUGGGAAAAGAGAGGUUGGAAGACCAAACCAGCUCCAGUAACACAACAGAGCCUGCAAGCAAAGAGGACAGGAAACUGGACUGCGUAUUGAAAGAGGAGGCCCUUUUUGUCACUGCCGGUAAUAAAGAGCUUCAGGAUGGAUGGAUGUUGGAUACUGAAGGAGCUGAGACAUCAGAUUUCUCAGGUCACAGUUACAGUGAGCAGGAGCUGCAUCAGAUUCAGGAAGAGUGGAGCUCUGGACUUGAUCAGACUGCUGACAAUGAGACUUAUGGAGAUAUCACAGAUGUCCAUGGUCCGUUGUAUCCAACACGCUAUGACACAGAAGAGCUAGCGAGCUACAGUGUGCGUGAAGUGGAGGUGGGAGACCUGGAUGGUCUCAGAGAAAGAACUGUUGACAUGUUGGGUAAUUCAGUAUCUGUUGCGGUUGGGCCUGAGAAAAAUGACCUGCACGAGGAAGGUGGGAGACGUCACAGCUCUUCCAUUAAGCGUAAUAGAGGAAACAGAGGAUCUUUACUUGUGCAGGUCAGCCCCCAGACAGAAGACGUGGAUAGAGACAUGCACUGUUUACUUAUAAAUGCAGAUGGCCACUUGCAAGACAUAAAUUCCUUCACUGAAGUUCACAGUGGAGAUGCAGGAGGUGCUGGGCAUAGAGGACACUCACUGUAUGUUGGGGACACAACAAGUGGCUCAGUUUAUAAGGGACAAGCAUCGAAUCACUCUCUGAAACCUAAUGUUGGACAAGCAUUAGGAGACAGCAGGGCUUCUGUGAACGCCUUCCCGCUCUCCCACCGAGUCAGUUCAAGUGCUGCAUACACUUGUAACCAGUGUGGUAAGAAGUUCACUCAGGCCUGCAACCUAAAAGUGCAUCAGCGUGUCCACCAGCAGGAUGGUCUCCACUUGUGCAGCCACUGUGGGAAAGGUUAUUCGUCCUUCAGUGACUUGCGGAGACACAGAUGCAGUCAGACCGGAGACAAGCCCUACACCUGCACACUAUGUGGGAACAAAUUCAGCCGAUUGUGGAAUCUCAAGCUGCAUCAGCGUAUUCACACACAGGAGAAACCCCACAAGUGCACUAUGUGCAGCAAGAGCUUCACCCGGGCUGACAUCUUGAAAGUCCAUCAGCGUACCCAUACAGGAGAAAGACCGUAUUGCUGUGGGAUCUGUGGACUGAGCUUCAAACGACUGGAUCAUCUCAGGUCACAUCAUCGCAAACAUAGUGCUGACCAGAACAAUCCAUGACAAAAAUAAAAUCCACCAUAUAACUUUACAAAGCUGUUUGGAUUAAUAAAUUGUUGAAGGGUAUUAAA